AUGCUCGUCAACAUCUGGUUAUUGGCACUGGUGUUGCUGCUGGUUGCCAGCGACAACGUCAACGCAGCCACAUCGGCGGCCAAGACUACAAAGGCAAAAACCACUACUCGUGCCAGCACCACAAAGGACGUUUCCCCAGAGACCCCUUCCCCCGGAACCCCUCCCGCGACCUCGACCAAGGCGUCAUCCGACACGGACACGGACGUUGCCACCAAGACGUCAUCCUCGACCAGAACAACGACCACCACCCCGCGCGCCACGGGCGUCGCAUGGAGCAGGUACCUGGACAAGGUCAAGGGGAUCAUCGCCCUGCCGCACAGCCAGCUCAUGGCGGCGGGGCAGCACCGCGUCUCGUACCCCAAGAACGGCUCGUACUGGGUCGCAAGCACCACCAACGUCAUGGAGUUUAGCGCGUCGCCCCCGAGCAACAUGUACCUUUUCGUCGCCGCGCCCAAUGCCUUUUCGCCCAUCUAUUCCGUGGACGACGGGCUGUUCUUCACCAGGCAGAGCAAAGGCUCAGAGACGAAGCAGGCGUUCAACUAUGAUGGACCGUGA